UACAAGUUUCUGAAGUGAGUUAGGAGACGGGGACAGAGAGAGUGAGAGCCCAGGGGAGGCAAAACAGUAAGGGAAAACUCUUCCCGCCAAGGGCACAGCCUCGGCAGAAGGAAAACUGUGGUGGGCGACCAGAAACGGAGCCAGGCAAAUAGAUACAGUUAGCCAAAAAGCCACGAAGAAGGACGGCGGUGAGUGCAGUAUGGUGAGGGACAUUCCCCUGGUCCACGUCUAAGCCUGAAGAAUUACUUUCAUUUUUCUGUGCUUGGAGAGAAGAGAGGAUUCAAAGCUUAUAGUGUGCAAUGGGACAAAGAGAAGACUGUGAAUUGCGUGCGUGCGUGUGUGUGUGCGUGUGUGUAUGUGUGUGUGUAUGUGUGUGUGUGACUUACACACACGCGCACAGACACACAAUGAGAUAGAAGCAGAGAAGGCAGGCUUCGGAAGAGCUGGCAAUCUGGUUGCUCAAGAGUUCUCUGUUCCUCGCCCACCCAUGAGCAGGUAGGGUGGGAGACUUUAGUGCAAAGCCCCAGGAGGGCCGUACACACGAGUGCACGGAGCACCAGAGGCCAGAGCGAGUAUCCUAGAGUCCUCACUCUCCCUCCUCUCCCCCUCCCGUCCCUGACGCCCCUCUUCGUCCGGUGCUUGCAGUCAGGCUUAGUGGAUCGCGUCUUAGAGCCUCCAGUGAUCCGGAAUUCCGGCGCGAGGUCUGGGAAGAUAUAAAACAUCGAAGCCACUGAAUUCAUCAAUCUGUUGGUCACUCCAAGUUUCCAGUUAACGAGUUAGAAGGCCACAGCACAGCCGAGGAGGAGGGUUCUCUGUAGCCUCAAAACUUGCUCAGAGGAUGUUCUGCACCAAGCUGAAAGACCUUAAGAUUACUGGAGAGUGUCCUUUCUCUUUACUGACUCAAGGCCAUGUCUCAGAAGAACAUGAAGAGGAAUGUGCAGAGCGAACUGAUAGUUCUAAGGCAGCUCUGCCCGUGUGCCAGGAAGUUACUGAGAAACAUGUCUGUGCAAAUCUUCCUCAAAGAAAGACCAGCCGAAACCGAGUGUAUCUGCACACUUUAGCAGAGAGCAUUUGCAAACUGAUCUUUCCUGAGUAUGAAAGACUGCAUCUUGCACUUCAGAGAACAUUGGCAAAGCAUAAAAUGCAAGAAAGAAGGAAAUCUUUGGAAAAAGAGGAUUUUGAAAAAUUCAUUAUAGAGCAAGCAAAUGCAGCAGGUGUUCCAGGGGAUAUUAUCAAAGAAUCUCUAGGUGAAGAACUCUUCAAAAUAUGCUAUGAGGAAGAUGAGCAUAUCCUAGGUGUGGUUGGAGGGACCCUCAAAGAUUUCUUGAACAGUUUCAGCACCCUUCUGAAGCAGAGCAGCCAUUGCCAGGGAGCCGAAAAGAAGGGCCGACUUGAGGAGGUGUCCAUACUCUGCUUGGAGAAAGACCCCAAUGUCUUAAAUGUUUACUAUUUUUUCCCUAAGAAGACGACUACCCUCAUUCUUCCAGGCAUCAUUAAGGCUGCUGCUCAUGUACUAUAUGAAACCGAAGUGGAUGUGACCUUGGUGCCUCCCUGCUUCCGUAAUGACUGUAAUGAGUUUGUGAAUCAGCCCUACUUGUUGUACUCUGUUCAGGUGAAAAGCAUAAAACCUUCCCUGUCUCCUUGCAAACCUCAGUCUUCUUUGGUGAUUCCAACCUCUCUUUUCUGUAAGACCUUUCCUUUUCAUUUUAUGUUUGACAAAGACAUGGCCAUUUUACAGUUUGGCAAUGGCAUUCGGAGGCUGCUGAACAGAAGGGACUUUCAAGGGAAACCUAACUUUGAAGAAUAUUUUGAAAUCCUUUCCCCAAAAAUCAACUACUCGUUUAGUGGGAUCAUGACCAUGUUGAACAUGCAAUUUGUCAUAAGAGUGAGAAGAGGGGACAACUCUGUCAAGAAAUCUUCAGGGGUCAUGGAUCUGAAAGGUCAAAUGAUCUACAUCAUUGAAUCUAGCGCCAUCUUGUUCUUGGGGUCACCCUGUGUGGAUCGGUUAGAGGAUUUUACAGGCCGUGGGCUCUACCUCUCAGAUAUUCCAAUUCAUAAUGCCCUGAGGGAUGUGGUCCUGAUAGGCGAACAAGCUAGAGCCCAAGAUGGGUUGAAGAAGAGAUUAGGAAAACUCAAAGCCACCCUGGAGCAAGCACAUCAAGCCCUAGAGGAGGAGAAGAAGAAGACAGUCGAUCUCUUGUGUUCCAUCUUUCCAGGCGAGGUUGCUCAGCAGCUGUGGCAGGGACAGGCUGUACAAGCCAAGAAAUUCACUCAUGUCACCAUGCUUUUCUCUGACAUUGUCGGAUUCACAGCCAUAUGUUCCCAGUGUUCGCCAAUGCAGGUCAUUACCAUGCUCAAUGAACUCUAUACUCGCUUUGACUACCAGUGUGGAGAGCUGGAUGUCUAUAAGGUGGAGACAAUCGGAGAUGCAUACUGUGUAGCUGGAGGCUUACACAAAGAAAGUGAAACACAUGCUGUGCAAAUUGCCCUCAUGGCCUUGAAGAUGAUGGAGCUGUCAGAUGAAGUGAUGUCUCCACAUGGAGAACCUAUCAAGAUGCGUAUUGGCUUGCAUUCUGGAUCUGUCUUUGCUGGCGUUGUUGGAGUUAAAAUGCCCCGUUACUGUCUCUUUGGAAAUAAUGUCACUCUGGCAAACAAAUUUGAGUCCUGCAGCGUUCCACGGAAAAUCAAUGUCAGUCCAACAACUUACAGACUACUGAAAGGAUGCCCUGGGUUUGUGUUUACUCCUCGUUCAAGAGAAGAACUGCCUCCCAACUUCCCCAAGGAAAUUCCUGGAAUUUGUCAUUUCCUGGAUGCUUACAUACAAGGAGCAAAUCCAAAGGCGUGCUUCCCAAAAAGAGAGAUUGAAGAUGGCAAUGCUAACUUUCUGGGCAAAGCAUCAGGCAUUGAUUAAGCUGUAUCUUCACCAAUUCUAUCAAUAUUCGGGGGUUUGAGUCCAGUGAGGAUGUAUGAAGCCUUGGAAAGCACUUUAGGAUUGCAGAUGCCUGAAAGCCAGUAUUACUGAUUCAGGAGCAAGGUCCCCUAAGACUUGUUAUUUCUCUUUUAAAUGACAGACUAUAUUUACUGAAAUAAUAUUUCAACUCCUCUAUUUUAAUAUUAUACUUCUUGAGGUAUCUUUUCUUUUCUGUGACAGAUGAUAUUAUGUAAGUCACUUCAAAUCAACCUGUACUAAGAAUUCUAGACCCACUGUACAUAACAUCAGAAAAAUUGAAUGUAUUGUACCAAGAGACAGAUUUGCCUGUAGUACUGUUCCUUGCUUGAGUGCCAGUCAUACUUAAGAUGCAAUAGUCACAGUAUUGCUAAGAACAAAGUCACAAGAAGUUGUCCCUAUUAUAAAUUUUUAAAAUUCACUGCUUGUUAUUAUCUAGCCUCUGACACUUAUAAGCCAUGUAACUCUGGGCAA